AAAGGGGCGUGCUGUCAUUUUAUCUUGAUUGUGUGGAGCCUCGCCAGUCUCCCGGCCAGCCGCGCAUCUGUGCGCCCGUUUCCAGGCGCUCUUUAGGGUCUGGGACUCAUCGACAUUCCGAUUGAUCUGCUGAGGAUAACGAUCGGACCAGGUUCUGGAUUUAGAAAAGGGACUGGAGGAAAUUUAAUAAGGUUAUCACCACCGAAGGGCUUUGGAAAUACACGAAUAUUUGUUGUUAUUUGGAAAUAUAUUUCCCCAUCAUCAUUAUUGUUCUAAAAUGUCACUCACUGUAGCUGACCUCGCCGGACCGGGCAUGACGGAGUUCCAGGAGCAGCUGCGGCUGCAGCAUGAGAAGACCAUGCACGAGGAGCUGGAGAAGCUGCUGCAGUCCUCCACCGGCCCCGAGGCCCAGAUUUCCAAGAAGGACUUUGAGGGCUUCAGAUCCAUCUUCCACAGAUUCCUCCAGCGGAAAGGACCUUCAGUUGAGUGGUCCAAGAUCCAGAGACCUCCAGAAGACCUGAUCCUGUCCUACGAGAAGAUCAAGGCCCAGGGCCGGCCUGAAGGCAUCACCAGCAGCCUGAACAAGCUGGUGGUGCUGAAGCUUAACGGGGGGCUGGGCACCAGCAUGGGCUGCAAGGGGCCCAAGAGCCUGAUCAGCGUCAGCAACGACAACACUUUCCUGGACCUCACCGUGCAGCAGAUAGAGCACCUGAACAAGACUUUUAAUGCUGACGUUCCCUUGGUGCUGAUGAACUCCUUCAACACCGAUGAAGACACCAAGAAGAUCCUGCAGAAAUACACACACCACCGUGUCAAGAUCCACACCUUCAACCAGAGCAGGUACCCAAGGAUAAACAAGGAGUCCCUGCUUCCGAUCGCCAGCGACCUGGGCAUGAAGGGGGCGAACGCCGAUGCCUGGUACCCCCCGGGGCACGGGGACAUCUACGCCAGCUUCCACAACUCGGGCCUGCUGGACACAUUGCUGGCCCAGGGCAAGGAGUACGUCUUCGUAUCCAACAUUGACAACCUGGGGGCUACCGUGGACCUCUCCAUCCUCCACCAUCUGAUGAGCCAGCCAGCCAGCCGGCGCUGUGAGUUCAUCAUGGAGGUCACCAACAAAACCCGCUCUGACGUGAAGGGAGGUACUCUUAUCCAGUACGAAGACCAUCUCAGGCUGCUGGAGAUCGCCCAAGUGCCCAAGGACCACGUGGACGAGUUCAAGUCAGUCACAAAGUUCAAGAUCUUCAACACAAACAACCUGUGGAUCAGCCUGCCCGCGAUCAAGAGGCUGCAGCAGGAGAACACGCUGGACUUGGAGAUCAUCGUCAACCCCAAGAGCCUGGACGGCGGGCUGAAUGUGAUUCAGCUGGAGACGGCGGUGGGAGCCGCCAUCAAGUGCUUCGACAACGCGCUAGGCGUCAACGUCCCGCGCAGCCGCUUCCUGCCCGUCAAGACCUCCUCGGACCUGCUGCUGGUCAUGUCCAAUCUGUACAGCCUGGAGGCAGGCUCACUCACCAUGAGCAAGAGGCGCGAGUUCCCCUCCACGCCUCACGUCAAGCUGGGAAGCUCCUUCACCAAGGUUCAGGACUUUCUGAAGCGUUUCGAGAACAUCCCAGACAUGCUGGAGCUGGACCACCUCACCGUGUCCGGGGAUGUCACCUUCGGAAAGAACGUCUCCCUCAAGGGAACGGUCAUCAUCAUCGCCAACCACGGCGACCGGAUCGACAUCCCGGCCGGGGCUGUGCUGGAGAACAAGAUCGUGUCUGGUAACCUGCGCAUCCUGGACCACUGAAGCCUCUGAGAAGAAGACCUGGAGGCUUGGCCAGCAUCUCUGACAAAUGUGACUGGCCGGGAGAAAAGUGAAGCGCUUUCCCACAGUCAUAACUUCUUUUCUUUUGUAUGCUGACUGACUGCUGAUCAGAUCUGUAGGCUUCUCCUCACAUGUAGAGUGGCCUUCAGAGCAAACAGCCAAAGAAUGAGUUUGUUACACUUAGUUGCGAUGUCGGAGCCUUACUUUGUACCAGAUCCUAGAGUUGGAUGAAAAUAAAAAAGCAAGAUUUGU